AUGCGACAUGCUGCUUUUCCGCAGCCUGAGAAGUCGAAACUUUUACCCUUUUCAGACGGGAUAGUGGAUAUCGGGUCCGUUCAGGGUCAAGGGGGGAAGGGGAGGGGACGGGGGGAGGGAUGGAUCGUAGCAAGAAAGUGUUUAAAAGAGGCCAUCACUGGGGGGGGGGGGGCUUGA